UCAGAUGGAACCUGAGCUCUCGCACGAUAAACCCGGUUACUCUCUCAGGUGACCAGGUCACUAACUAUCAGGGGAUGCACUGCAUACAGGAUGAAGGUUUCACGAUAUAGUCAUGUUGGCAUGGGUGUAGUACGAAACCUCAUACGUCCUGCAUGCAUAGGUCUACAUAGUCUUCUUGCUGCUACUCAUGCCAUCUUACUAUGCGUAUGGGCAUUCCGACUCGAACAUUCGAUCGUCAUGUCCCCCGGACGGGCGGAAUCUAUGCCGACCUACAUAUCACUCGUGUCGCAAGCCAUCAUCAUCCCUUACACAGCACUACUCGUCUUACUCACGCAAUAUCUUGCGCUGCGCAGACUGUUCUCAGGAAGACACACUCUAACGUUUGUCCUGGAUGUAUCAACCGCAUGGACGGGACUGGGUGCCGCGCUCGUGAUUGUUUGGAGACAGGUGUCAUCUCGCGCCAAUAUGUUCGCAACAUUCACAGUAGCCGUUUACCUCAUAUGCAUCUCCGCUUUGCACGUCACUACACCCUCGUUGCUCUCCGUGCAAUCGUUUAAUCAGACCGAUGCCAUCACAGUUCCGGUGGCUGUCGGUAUGCCUAUACUCAAUGCCUCGGCACCUGUAUGGUCUGAUUCAGUCAUAGACUUGUGGUCUCAGGCGGCAUCGAUCCUCGAGUACAAUGUCAUUGGCACGCAGUAUCUACCGACCACAGGACUGGCCAACAACACAAUCUACGAUUUCAACCCUCCCGGGAGUAACCUAGUCGAAGUUACUGUGAACGCGACCACCGCAAACGUUACCUGUGGCUGUAUCCCGAAUGCAAGCCUCACGAUGUUCGAAAUCCAAAGUGCGAACGUUUCAGGCGCCUGGGUGAAUGCGGCGUACGGUCGUUAUCAGUUCAGCUUCGCGGUUGAAACAUGGCCAGUUUGGUCUUCGCUAAUCCAUUUAUCCGUGGUCGACUAUGACCCAACGCAGCUAGGAAACACAUCAGUCUCUAUACCUUUGGGACGAAGCGCAUUGUUCUUGACAACACUGAAUGUGACCGACGGCGAAGGCCGGGCAGUGUCGCCUGUCCAAGGGGAAGGAAAUUUGAACGUACAGCUUCUAGGAUGCACCUUGAGCUGGACCAAGGGUGCUGUCGUGUUAGACGGUGCUACAAGACAACCAGCGGAUCCUAUUGUACAGAGCGGUGAUCAUGAAACAUCAUGCCCCCUAUGGGAGCCUCUCCUGGCAACUGGCCCGGCGCAAGUUGAUACGCAACCUGAUAUCGAGUCUGAUUCGUGGGCUUCUAUGUUGAGCAACGCCGAUGAAACGACCAAUAAUCCUUUAUGGAACUACAAUCAAUCCCUGCAAGGCGUACCGCUGGCAGUCAGCGGAAUCCAGCUGACAUAUUCAUAUGGUGAUUUGACACCCCUAUACCUAGGAGAGAUUCUCGGUAUUCCAGAGCUCAGUGGGACACAAGCAGUGAGUUUGAUUGCAUUCGAGGAGGCCUUGAGCAAAAUGACGGCUCUGUCAUACUGGUCAGCUGCCCAUCUCGUUGACAUCGAAACCCAAGAGGGCGUUUUGGCCGUCGCCUCUGGAACUGCUCGAGGUUCCAUGGCCAUGUUUCGCCUCAACUUCAAUACACCACAGAUCAUCGUUGGACUCGCGGCUUCCGCUGCGAUGUUGAUCAUCGCGAUGCUUUUAGCCCUCAGUGCCGCGAAGGAUUUUCCGCUUGUCGAUGACUUCAGCCCUAUGCAUCUGAUGUGGCUCGUCAUAACGAACCCAUCGCUCCAUCAACGCAUAUCGGAGGUAGAGACACCGUCCACGGAUCGUCUGCGGGAGGCAGGCAUGAUCGACCUCGGAUCCUGCACUCGUUCCGAGACCUCGCUUGCACGGAUGGAAUACGAGAAGUUGGAGCGGGAGGAUAGCAGCACGCUAGAUAUUGCUGAGUAACGUCUUGUAGGGCAUCAGACCUGCGAGUAGUAAGUUACGAACAACGGGACGGGUCAUGUCUGAUUCAUGAUGUAUGAAUGACCGAUGAAACUCA